CAAUGCGUUCAGCGAAUUCAGUGUCCCAGCACACGGCAGCAGCCAUGAACUGGAGUAAGGGCGGGCCAGGGGGCAAGAGGGGCUUUGGCUUUGGGGGGUUCACCCUGGCCACGGGCAAGAAAGAGGAGCCCAAGCUGCCGCAGCAGUCCCAUUCGGCGUUUGGUGGGGGUAGCUCCGCGGCGGGGUUUGGCAAAGGCCAGCAGCUGCCUGCCUUCUACAAGAUCGGAUCCAAGAGGGCCAACUUUGACGAGGAGAAUGCCUACUUUGAGGAUGAUGAAGAGGAAUCCAGCAACAUGGACCUGCCCUACAUCCCAGCCGAGAAUUCCCCCACAAGGCAGCAGUUCCAGUCCAGAGAAGGGGGCUCGGACAGCGAGGAGGACCCUUUGGAUGCCUUUAUGGCCGAGGUCGAGGACCAGGCAGCCAAAGACAUGAGGAAACUCGAAGAGAAAGACAAAGAAAAGAAAAGUGUAAAGGGUAUACGAGAUGACAUUGAAGAGGAAGAUGAUCAAGAGGCGUACUUUCGGUACAUGGCGGAGAACCCUACUGCGGGGGUGACCCAGGAGGACGAAGAGGACAACGUUGAAUAUGACAGUGACGGAAACCCCAUCGCGCCCACCAAGAAGAUCAUCUUGCCCCUCGCCCCCAUUGACCACUCAGAGAUUGAUUAUCUACCCUUUGAGAAGAACUUCUACAAUGAGCACGAGGAGCUAAGCAGCCUGACUCCCACCCAGGUGGUGGAACUGCGUCAGAAGCUCAACCUGCGAGUGUCUGGCGCAGCCCCUCCCAAGCCCUGUACCAGCUUUGCCCAUUUUGUGUUUGAUGAGCAGCUGAUGCACCAGAUCCGCAAGUCCGAGUACACCCAGCCCACGCCCAUCCAGUGUCAGGGGGUUCCUAUAGCGCUGAGUGGCAGAGAUAUGAUUGGCAUCGCCAAGACCGGCAGUGGGAAGACGGCCGCCUUCAUCUGGCCGAUGUUGGUUCACAUUAUGGACCAGAAGGAGCUGGAGCCUGGGGACGGGCCCAUCGCCAUCAUCGUGUGUCCCACCAGGGAGCUGUGCCAGCAGAUCCAUGCCGAGUGUAAGCGCUUUGGAAAGGCCUACAACCUGCGCUCAGUGGCAGUGUAUGGUGGAGGCAGCAUGUGGGAGCAAGCCAAGGCUCUGCAAGAGGGGGCUGAGAUUGUGGUGUGCACUCCGGGUCGUCUAAUUGACCAUGUGAAAAAGAAAGCCACAUCACUGCAGAGAGUCACAUAUCUGGUCUUUGAUGAGGCAGAUCGUAUGUUUGAUAUGGGAUUUGAAUACCAAGUCAGAUCUGUUGCUGGUCACGUCCGUCCAGACAGGCAGACUCUUUUGUUCAGUGCAACAUUCCGGAAGAAGAUCGAGAAACUUGCUCGAGAUAUCCUGGUUGACCCCAUCCGUGUUGUGCAAGGCGACAUCGGAGAGGCCAAUGAGGACAUUACCCAGCUGGUGGAGGUGCUGCCCAGCGGUCUGGAGAAGUGGGGGUGGCUGACCCGCCGGUUGGUGGAGUUCACCUCUUCCGGCUCCGUACUUAUCUUUGUCACCAAGAAAGCCAAUUCUGAUGAGCUGGCCACCAACCUCGACCAAGAGGGCUACAAGAUCGGCCUGCUGCACGGAGAUAUGGACCAGAGCGAGAGGAACAAGGUCAUCGCGGACUUCAAGAAGAAGAGCUUGCCAGUUCUGGUGGCCACUGAUGUGGCUGCUCGUGGUCUGGACAUCCCGUCUAUAAAGACCGUGGUGAAUUACGACGUGGCUCGGGACAUCGACACGCACACUCACCGCAUCGGCCGUACGGGCCGAGCUGGGGAGAAGGGCGUGGCCUACACCCUGCUCACCACCAAGGACGUGAACUUCGCUGGGGAUCUGGUGCGCAACCUGGAGGGAGCUAACCAACACGUCUCGAAGGAACUCAUGGACUUGGCUAUGCAGAACCCCUGGUUCAGGAAGUCUCGGUUUAAAGGAGGGAAAGGCAAGAAGCUGAACAUCGGCGGUGGAGGGCUGGGAUACCGGGAGCGGCCUGGGCUCGGAGCAGACACAUCAGACCGCAGCGGCGGUGCUGUGAUGUGUAAUUAUGAGGCCUACAAACCUUCCUCAGGUGCCAUGGGAGACAGGAUGUCAGCAAUGAAAGCAGCCUUCCAGGCUCAGUACAAGAACCAUUUUGUUGCGGCAUCUGGCUUUCCUCCCAAGCUGAGUAACUCUACAAGCAGCACUUCGGGUUGGACCAGCGCUGGCAGCUUGAGCUCGGUGCCCACGGGCAACGCCCAGGCCUCAAGCAGUCAGGAGGAGCUGAAGAUGGUGCCUCCUUCAGGGAUGGGGUCACCCCCAACACUGAGUAUGGGGACCAAGAUGCCAGGGUUUUCCAGUGCCGGGGCUCUCAGUUCCGUCUCUGAUAGCUAUGCCAAUGUGCCGCAGGGCUACCCAACUCCCUCCCCUCCCUCACCACGAGAGGGAUCCAAAGACCGGUAUGGGGACAGCAGGGGGCGCUACGGGGACAGCCACUACCGGCAUUCUGAUCGAGAACGGCACUCCGACCGGGAUCGCUAUGCAGACAGGGAAAGGCACUCCGACCGGGACCGCUAUGGGGGAGACCGGGACCGUUAUGGAGGAGACCGGGACCGCUAUGCCGGUAGUGGGCGCCACGCAGACAGCCGGAACGGAGAGGCCGGAAGGAGGGACAGGGAGGGUCGAGGGGAUAGGGGGGAGAGGGGUGGGGAGAGGGCAGGUGAGGUGGAGGACAGCUUUGCUGUGCCUGAUCCUCCCAAGCGCAAGAAGAGCAGGUGGGACAAUUAAACUAGCUCCAGACUCACUGGUGUUGGGUGGGGGUCGGCACUCAUAGAUGAAACAGACCAAUCUGGCCAUUCAUUAGGGAUAAUAACCUAAUAAACACAUUUACAUAGAAGGAAAGGUAUAUGAGACUUAUUUUUUCCAUAGAUGAGAUGUAGGCUACAUCUGAAAGAGUACCUUGGAAUGAACAGAAUCUCAUAAGACUCUUAUAAGGAUAUGCAUCAUAGUUAAUAUGGCUGUUACAUUCUGCAAAUGAUAUUCUGCAGGAAGGAAAGAGUUGGUUGAAGCCUAUCUGCUCAGAGCCUUGAUGUAAUUCCAGUUCAGUGGAUCUGAUGCAAACUGGACUGUACCCAUGCAAGUCUACCCUCCUGAUUGUCCAUCCCAGGGUGGAAACUAUGAAUGAAUGCUGAGGGUCAAUUUUCCAACCUUGGAAGAAGGUGGGGUGGAGUCUCCAAGACCAUCAUGACCCUAAUGAAGAGGCCGGACAGUGUGUGUGUUCGUCAAAAAUGAGUGUCACUGCGUGAAAUCAAAAGCUUUUUCUUUUUUUUAAAGUAUUUUGUGUGGAUCUGUUAUAAUGUGAAUAGUUCAGUAAUCGCAUCUAAGUGCUAUGUUAACAAAAGCUUUGUUGAAAUUUUAACAAGUGCCAGAUGGUACUUUUUAGGGUUAAUCUGCCAUCUUAUUUUGGCACAUUGGAUCCCUAGUCUUUUCUGAAAACUUCUUUCUUCAGUGUUUUUUUUUCUUUGCAAGGAGUGAAGGUUUGUAAGAGUUCUAGUAGAAUUGUGAGGGUUUUGACAACUUUUGUUUUUAACUUCCCCUUUGAGAUUUCGGUUCUUAAUUUGCCGCUGAAAUACAAUUUCUUUCCAUGACCACUUUGAUGCAAAACUCAAGUUGUCUUAGGUGUAUGAGUAGCAGCCACGGCUAAUCUGACAAGGCCAUUGGACAUUAAUGCCUGUAUAUUAUAUAUACAAGUAAAAGAAAUAGACCUUUUCUAAAUUAGUUGGGUUGGAGGCUACAAUGAUAUAGAUUUGGAAUACAGCGAUUCUGCUCCAAUUGAACAAUUUCAGGUUUGAACAAGAAACUCCUUGAUUUUUGGGAAAACCCUUUAGCACAGCAAACCUUUUGCAGGUACUCCAGUACAUGGUAGUUUUUUUACAGAGGUCAGGGACUUAGGGAAUUGGCUGUCACCAGGAUCAUGCACAGUGCAGUAUGGAAUGUGAUUAUCAAAUAGCUGUGCUGUCGGGAUCUGCUCCCUGUGCAAAUGGACUGUCAGGGGCUGUCAGUCAGUUCAGGAUUUCUCAGUCCCCACGUGUCUGCAGGUUUUUAAUAUAGAUGAACUAUUAAUAACAUAUCACAUCAUAAAACAGAAAUCCCUGUGUGAUACCUGCAAAGGGAUACACUUUGAACUCUGGUAAAGAAUAGUUGUUGGUUAGCAGGUUUAAAUAAACAUGAAUGGUGCAGUACAGAAGUAAAGUGUACAUCCAAGCCUUGAGGAAGGAUAAUGAAACAUUUAGGUUUAUUUUUUUAACUUCUUUACAGUGAUGAAUUCUGAUCUGUCCUGGAAUCUCAUGGAAAGUUACAUCAUGUACUAAACCGGAUAGAAGUCAGAGGUUUCUGCACUCCUGUGUUUUUUUCCUGUAUUAAGUAUCUUUUCAAUAUGUACAUAUUUAAAGUAGUAUUAAUUUACUGCUCCUGCAUACUGUCAGUUCUGAUGAUUUUAUUUUCCAAUAAAGUCAUGUUUGUUUUGAUGUG